AUGAGUAAUAAUAACAACAACUUCAAAAAUCAUGAGGAGAAGGUGAAAUUUUACAGAGACAAAAUUCUUAAGCAACUUGAAGCAGAUGGCGACAUCGAUAAGGUUCGCAAUAGCAUUAAAGAAUUGGUUGGAAAAUCAAAUUGGAGAGAAGAAGUUAAAAGCCUUAGCUUGAAAGUAAUGUCAAACGAAACAAUAGAAGAUUUAACACCAGAAAUUGUUGCAGAAAAAAUACGCGAACAAGCAAUUUCAAGUUUACCUAAAAAUUUGAAGGCAAAUACUAUUAACCAUAUAAAGGAUACAUUAGUAAAGAAACAAGUACCUAUCGAAAAUCCUGCAGAAUGA